AUGGCAUCCAAUAGUACUGCUACUCAAACAGACGAGCAUGUGUCCUUGAAGCUUCUUUUGAAUGAAAAGGGUAACAAAGUUUUGUUUGCUGAAGCAGGUAAGGACUUUGUAGACAUUCUUUGCAGCUUCUUAACAAUGCCUUUAGGAACUGUUGCUAGACUUGUUGAGAUGAAAUCAAGCAUAGGGCCAGUCACAGUUGGUUGUCUAAACUCACUCUAUCAAAGUGUGGCUGAUCUUGAUGAAAGUUGUUUCUGCAAUGACACAAUCAAACAAAUGCUUCUCCAACCAAUUAACUCUGCUGAAGAUUAUUGCAACACUCUUAAACUCAACAUUGAUGACACUCAGCCAACAAAGUACUUUGCAUGUGCCAACUUUAAAAACUGCAGUUAUCGUGAUUUGACAACAUCAACAUAUAAAGAUAAACAUAAAUGUUGCUGUAACCAUUCUUUUACCUGCCAAGUUUUCCUUAAACAAUCCCAUCAAGGAUUUGUUAACUGUGUUACUACUUUUGUUAUAACGGAUGAUCUCACUGUCAUGCCAAACGGCAUUGACUAUACAAGCCUCAGUCUGCUGCAGGAAUAUGGCAUAACAAAUCCUAGUUCCGUUAAAGAAAUAGUUCUGAAUGUUACUAAAGAAAAGGUAGUUGAUCUCUUAAAGCAUUCUUUGCUUUCCUCCUCAACUUUGACAGACUUGUUUUUAAGAAAGAAACCAUCUCCGGGGAGAUCAAUGUUUUUCUUUCCUGAUGGUGAAAGUAGCUGCAAAAUUAAAAUCACUGUGAAGUUAGUUAUAAGAAAAUCGGAUGGAAAGUUAUUGUAUGCUCAAGGGGAACAAGAUUUUGCAAACAUGCUUUUGAACUUUCUUACUUUUCCUUUGGGAAUAAUUGCACAAAAAUUUGGAAAGAUUUGUUCCGUGGGCAACAUCAACAGAUUGUACAAGAGUAUAGCUGAUUUGAAUGAAUACAAGUAUUUUAUGUCAAUAAAUGCUAAGUUCAGGCUUGCUUGUCCUUGCAUUGACUCAGUGUUAACGUUAAGCAAGCAGAUAUUAACAGUUGUUGAUCCUGAUUACAUUAAUACUCCUGUUCAGUUUUUGAUUCACGGAGGUGACAAAAGGAUAUUUGAAGGAAAAAUAAAGAAAAUGAGUAUUGCAACUCUGGGCAGCUGUAAUGAUGGUUAUGUGAAGGGUCCUAAUAUGUAUGUUGUCACUGAUGAUUUGGUCGUUGCACCAUUGUCACCAAUAUCAUCUUUAUGUUUACUUAACCGAUUGAAGACUCCUCUUACAGAUUUAAAGGAAAAAGUUGUUGUCAUUGGCUUCAAAGAGUGUCUUUGCAUUUUGAUGGCUUCUUUGACUUCAUCAUCCGCCCUAACAAAUGGUUUGGCUCACUUGCUAACUGAAGUUAAGGAGGAGAAAUGA